AUGAUAGCUCUCACUGACGAUGCUGAUUGCGAUGCCGUCGAAACGUUUGGAAAUGUACCAAAUCAAUGGUCUGAUGCUGGAAAUCCCGAAUAUUAUGGUAGGUACGUUCCUCAACGUUUUCCUGAUGUUUCGACCAAGCUGGGAAAACGAGAUACAGGGCAUUCCUUGAUCAAUGAGAAUUCAAUUCCUAAUACUGAAGAGGAGAAUACCGAUGAAACCCAUUCCCAAAUUACUUUCAGUGACCCAAAUUGUGAUCCUUUAAAACGGAAAAACGAGCACCAUGUCAGUUUUUGUGAUCAGAUUGCCGAAGUGACGAUGCCGAUGAUGACUCAAAAAGACCUAGAAGAUUUAAAACUGAAGAGUGAAAGCAGCACGCUGGAAGCAGAUCAUAUGAAAGAAACAAGGUCUUAUAUUACAGAGGCAAUGAAGGAGGAGAUUGAAGAAGACGAUGACUGGCACGAGGCUGUGGAGGAAGAUCUAGACAAACAUGAGAGAGAAGUGUGCAAAGGGAACAUAGAGAACGAAAAUGAGGUAGCGGAGCAAGGAACUGAUGAAAAUCAGAAGGGAGAAGCAGAACUAGUUAAAUCCGUGGAAAAUGAAGAAAUUCACAAGGCAGAAACAUUUUUGGACCAAAGGCCCUGUAUCAAACCUAGAGAAGAAUUCGAUGAAAAUGAGGGGAAGAUAUGCAUGGCGAACAACAAGGAGAAUCUAGGAGAGGUUGUAAAAGAGAUGGAAAAUGCAAAGCAGGAAUCGGAAGAAGCAGAGCCUUUGCAGAUAACUAAUGAAGUCGUAAAUGGUCCUCUUGAGAACCAGUCAAUUUCAAUAAUUGAUGAGUGUACGAAUGAGAAUGCUCUGGACAAAGGGCCCGAACUGGAAGAAUCUAUAGAUAAAAUAAUGAAAUAUAACUGUAUCUCAUCCACCAAUGACAAAUCUAAUUUGCUUGAAAACUCUACAGAAUCCAAAGAAGAGACGGUGCAGGAAUUCAGAGAGGAUGAGGUAAUCAAGGAGCACCAAACUUUAGCCCCAAGUCUCGAGCUAAAUUCUAAGGACCCCGAGUUGUUGGAUGAAAACAAAGAAUUCGUCAAAGAGCUAGAAGAGGAGGCUAAGAGGGAAGAGGAGGAGGCUAAGAGGGAAGAGGAGGAGGACGUCGAAAAGCUCGGAUCAGCUGUCUGCCUCGUCAUCUCUACUGAGAAGCCAAGCUCGCUUUGUGAGGCCAAAGAGUUCGCAGAAGACUGCAAGGAGAAGGAAAUGAAGGAGCAGGAUAGCAACGAGGCAGAGGAAUUUAGACAACAACCCGAUCUAGUUUUACACCUUGCUAAUACUCUUGAAGAGCAGACUUCACUAGGAGAGUUCACGGAAUGCAUAACUGAUCUGAAAGUUGAGAAUAUAGAGGAGAAAUUAGAAUUUGAGAAGGAACCCUCCCAUUCAGAGGUAAGUAAGCGUGAAUUAAAAAUGGACACUUCUUAUAUUAAUUAA